UACAUAUUUACAGUCCUAUAUAUGCGUAAAUAAUCUCCCAGCUUCGUGUCUCUGUGAUUUAAUCUCUCCUCAAUUAAUUAAUUCUAACAUUAUUAAAUUCUCCGGAUCUCCGAUCGGUCGGAGAUGAAGAUCAAGCUGGAUUCGCUCUUCCCGGGCUGCUUCAAGCAGAUGCGGCCGGAAACCAUGCCGGCGACGCCGAUGAAGCCGAAGAAGGCGGAGCCGGCCCCGGCGGCUAAACAGGCGUCGUCGUUUCACCAUAGAAGGAUCUCCGCGUCGGACUUCAGCUCCUCCGCGCUGUCGGAAGAUCUGUCCAUUUCUCUGGCGGGCUCCAACAUUCACGCGUUCACGCUCCAGGAGCUGCGCGUCAUCACUCAGAGCUUCUCCAGCGCCAAUUUCAUCGGCGAGGGCGGGUUCGGCCCGGUCCACAAGGGGUUCAUCGAUGAUCGGCUCAGACCGGGCUUGAAGGCUCAACCGGUUGCCGUUAAGCUACUUGACUUGGACGGCUCCCAAGGUCACCGAGAAUGGCUGACGGAAGUAAUAUUCUUGGGACAAUUGAGACACCCACAUCUUGUAAAGCUGAUUGGAUAUUGUUGUGAAGAAGAGCAUAGGCUUUUGGUCUAUGAGUACAUGCCAAGGGGUAGUUUGGAGAAUCAGCUCUUUAGAAGAUAUUCGGCAUCACUCCCAUGGUCAACAAGAAUGAAAAUUGCUCUCGGGGCAGCCAAAGGUCUGGCCUUCCUCCAUGAAGCUGAAAAGCCUGUCAUUUUUCGCGACUUCAAGGGAUCCAACAUCUUGUUAGACUCUGAUUACAAUGCCAAGCUCUCAGAUUUCGGACUUGCGAAGGAUGGUCCCGAAGGCGAUGACACUCACGUCUCGACUCGUGUGAUGGGCACCCAGGGUUACGCUGCCCCCGAAUACAUCAUGACCGGGCACUUGACCCCCGCGAGCGAUGUGUACAGCUUCGGAAUCGUGUUGCUAGAGCUUCUAACGGGACGAAGGGCGAUAGACAAGACCCGGUCACACAGAGAACAAAACCUGGCAGAUUGGGCCCGCCCGCAGCUGAAGGAUGCCCGGAAGCUCCGGCGGAUAAUCGACCCGAGACUCGAGGGAAUGUACUCCGAGGAAGGGGCGCAGGCGGCGGCACUGCUGGCGUACGACUGCCUGAGCCACCGGUCAAAGUCCAGGCCGACGAUGAGCGCGGUGGUCAACACGCUUGAGCCUUUGAAGGAUUACAAGGACGUCUCCAUGGCCACCUUUGUCUACACCGCCCCAUCGGCGCAAAAAGAGGCCAAAAAGGAGGGCGGGAGAGAUCAAGCGGCGGCCGGGGAAGACGAGCCCAAGGAAACGGAGAAAGGGAAUGACGACCGCCAUGGCCGCCACCGGCAAGAUCAUCAACAGAAACACAAAGUAGUAAGGCCGAACCAAUCUCAUUUGCAUCAUCAAGUAAGGAGUAUAUGAUUAUAAGAGAUUUGUAUAUCGAAAUGUACAUGAUGCGGAAUUUUUAUUACUUGUUAUAGUUAUUGACGGGUUUUUGUAUCAAAGUAAAUGUGGGAAACAAGUAUUAAGGCCUGAGUUUCAUACAAAAAAUGUUUAGAUUUUAA